AUGAAGAAUUUUGGAUAUAUACAGAGUAAUGCGGAUCACACUUUGUUCUUUAAACGUGAUGGAAGAAGACUUACUGCAUUGAUUGUUUAUGUGGAUGACAUAGUCGUAACUGGAAACGACACAGAAGAGCAACUGAAACUGCAGAAGUAUUUGUCUCAGGAAUUUGAAAUGAAGAAUUUAGGUGAUCUAAAGUACUUUCUUGGAAUUGAAGUAGCAAGGUCCACAACUGGUAUAUUUAUGUCCCAAAGGAAGUAUGUAUUAGAUCUACUCACUGAAACAGGAAUGCUUGGAUGUAAGCCUGUUGACACACCCAUUGAGAUGAAUCACAAGUUGUGUGAAAACAUGGAUCAAGAACCAACCAAUAAGGAACAGUACCAACGCCUUGUUGAAAGGUUGAUAUAUUUAGCCCACACAAGACCAGAUAUUGCAUAUGCUAUGCUGAUUGGGCUGGCUCCAUUACUAAUAGACGCUCUACUUCAGGUUACUUCACUUUUGUGGGAGGUAACCUAG